AUGGCGUCUACAAGUUCACAAAAAGGUCAUGAGGAAACUUCAGUUGUGCAGCUGAGCAACACGGAAAUAGAAUCUAAUUCUGACAUUCAAAAUGAAGAUGGCUUCGUGGAGAUUGAUCCAGAAGCCCUAUUUCAGAUAUUAGCAAGGGUUCCGACAGAAAGCCUUGUCCAUUGUAAAAGGGUCGGAAAAUGUUGGCUAAGCACGAUUCGUGAUCCAAACUUCCUCAAGUUCCGUUGUGACAUCCAGAAAUCUAACCGGUUGUUCAUCAUUGAAAAGAAUUCCUGGUUUGAAUACCAUGCUUUUACUUUUGGAGUUGAGAGUGGCAUUUUGACGGGUAGAAGAUUACAGCACAACUGCUGCGAAGUCAUUCGCAUUGAAGAUGCCUGCGACGGGCUGAUACUUCACAAAUCUAUAUUUGGAAGCGAUUUACACAUCUAUAAUUCCUGCACUGGAGGCACAAAAACUGUCACCGGCCAUGUGCCACCAAGGCGUUCAAAGAACUACUAUUCAUUGGCAUAUGAUGCUUCCAUCCAGAAGUAUAAGGUGGUUUGGUUUUGUAUUACUUAUAAUAGCAUGAGGUGCUAUAUAUUUAUUCUGGGUCGUAAUCAUAAUAUUGACCAAAAUGAGAAUGCUGAUUGGAGGGAAUUGAGCUUUGCUCUCCCACAGAUUGUUAUUCCUAGUCAACCCGCGGUAUAUUUUGACAGAGUUGUCUGUAAUGGGGCUGUGAAUUGGAUAGCCGAAAGUAUUCCAGGAGAAAAUGAAAAACAGGGAGCAGCAUUUUUAUCAUCAAUUGACAUAGCAAGUGAGGAGCUUAGGGACAGAAUAGAGUUGCCAUGCAAACCCAACAUAUGCUUCAUGGAAAUGUACAACUGCAAGUUAUUAGUAUCGAAUGGAUUCCUUUGUUAUGCCAAUCCAGCUUCCAAAGAAGAAUUUCAUUUCUGGGUCUUAAGGGAUGCUACAAACCAAUAUUGGAUGAAGCAGCUUACGCUGCUUCUUUCAUCGAUGCCUUUCGUACCACAUAGUUUGAGGACUUUCCUUUGUGAUGAUUUCCUACCUCUAGCAAUAAUAAACGAGAGUGAAAAGUCUUGUCCGAUUUCAAUCCUGAUACUACAUUGCCACAGGUUGUAUGUGUACAAUGUGGAGAGCCAAGAGCUGAGGGUCAACGUGAUUGAAGAAGUGGUGUCAGAGGAUGCAUACUUUCUUCCCUUUUCCUUCUUCACUUUUAUUAACAGGCCUGUUCGUUGGGACUAG